AUGUCUCUCUCUUGCCUUCUGGUGGUUUGCCAGCAACUCCCGACUUGCAGAGGUCGUUUUCUAACUCCUUUCCUUCACAAACAGUGACAAACUUGUCUAGUUACUUUGAAGUCGCCACACUACCCGGCGGGGACAGCUCACGCUCACCGACAGGUCUGUUUGGCGCACAGACUGUCUGUGUGUUUGGUACACAGGCUGUGUGAAGACACAGGCACCUCCGGGCGCCUUAGACCUCGUGCGCGCGGAGACGCUUGACGUCAGCGCGUAGCGAGCGCAGCGCCUCGGGCGCGCCGACUCGCUAGAGCGGGCCGAGGGCAAGACGUAAACGGACGCUCACCAGGCCCCUAGUUAGUGAGUGCCCUCCGUCAGGCCGUUUCGCGGUCGAGGAACGUCACCUGAGUUGUGUACCGAAGGCACCGAGAGCACCCGCGCCGCGGCCUGGGGAAGGUUCCGCAGCCCAGAGCCGUGGGAGGAGACGCCUGGAGAUCAGGAGUGGCGCCACCGCGCGACCGUGACGUGGGUCGCGGGCCGGCGCACCAUUGGUCGGCGGGAAUGUGGCGCGUCCUGCUGCCGGCGCGGGCAAUUGGCCGCGCGGCCUCGGGGGGCGGGGCUAGGGCCGGAGGCGGGGCCCGUGCCUGGGGGCGGGGUCUGAAGGAGACUCGCCCAGCGGCGCAGCCUUCAGCGGACGGCGCGCGUCUGAGGUUCCCGGGGUGGCGCGGAGGCCGGGCGGCGAUGCCGGAGGUAAGCACGGACGAGCUGGACGAGCGGCAGGUGCAGCUCCUAGCGGAGAUGUGCAUCCUCAUCGAUGAGAACGACCGGAGGAUUGGGGCGGAGACCAAGAAGAACUGCCACCUGAACGAGAACAUCGAGAGAGGGUUGUUGCACCGAGCUUUCAGUGUCUUCUUGUUCAACACCGAGAACAAGCUGCUGCUGCAGCAGAGGUCAGACGCUAAGAUUACCUUCCCAGGGUGUUUUACUAAUACUUGCUGUAGUCACCCGUUAAGCAACCCAAGUGAGCUGGAAGAAAAUGAUGCUAUUGGAGUAAGAAGAGCAGCACAGAGGCGGUUAAAGGCCGAACUCGGAAUUCCCAUGGAAGAGGUUCCUCCAGAGGAAAUUAAUUAUCUAACACGAAUUCACUACAAGGCUCAAUCUGAUGGUAUCUGGGGAGAACAUGAAAUUGAUUACAUUUUGUUUGUGAAGAAGAACGUGACCUUGAAUCCAGACCCCAAUGAGAUUAAAAGCUAUUGCUAUGUAACAAAGGAAGAAUUACAAGAACUUCUAGAAAAGGCGGCCCAUGGUGAAAUUAAGAUAACCCCAUGGUUUCAAAUUAUUGCAGAUACUUUUCUCUUUAAGUGGUGGGAUAACUUAAAUCGUUUGAAUCUGUUUGUUGACCAUGAGAAAAUACACAGAAUGUAAAAGUGGAGAUGAAUGGUUACUAAAGUACUGAAGAAUUUCUCUAGUUAGUAAACUUAAAAUGAACUUUAAAAAAAUCUGGUUCCCCACUGGAACUCUCCGUGGAAAUACUGAUACUUUACAACCAGAAUUUGUAUGGAAAAGAAUUCUUGAUUUUAUGUCAUACACCCCAUAUAUAUGUACUGCAAUUUGUAAAAAAAAAAAAAAAAAAAAUUUCAGAGAUUAUUAUACAAAGAGAGCAAAAUAAACUUAACCUGUCUAAACAAAUGGUUAUGACACAUUUAAACAAGUGGAGUUCAUUUUUUAUAUAUUGUGAUAAACAUUUUCAGAAGACUUGUAUCUGCCAGGUACUUGACAAACUUUUAUCAUGGUCCAAAAUAAUGUGCAAUGGAAGCUAUUUGCUUAUCUACUUCAAAACAUUGCAAUCUAACUUUCCAUGUUAAGAGAUAAAAUAUAGUAGAGCAAUUCAAGGGAAUUAAAUGGCAUGAUUUUUGUCAUUAAAAGUUAAUUUUGUGGCUUAAUCAUUCUGUAUUUUUGAUACUUAAAGUCUAACAUUGAUUUUGGUAGGGACAUUGGCUAGGUGAAGUCAUUUAAAUAGUCCAUGCCAAUUAGGAAAGUCUGGUUUUCAAAAUUACUAGGAACACAGACUAUUUGUAAAAUGGAACUUGAGUCAGUUGAGUCAUACUCAACAACAGGGUCUUUUAACUGUGGCACUGCAGUUUAGACUGGUUAAUUCUUUUUGAAGGUUCAUCCUGUGCCUUGUAUAGCAGCAUCCUUAGGUUCUACCCAAAAAAUGCCUUUGGCACCCCUCCCCCCAUGGCAGCCCCAGUGACACCAAAUGGUAAAUGUCUUCUGGAGGUCAGGCCAUGUUGUAGGAAAAUUAACCAAAAACAGGUUAAUAUUCAUGUUAAAUAGAUUUGGGUUAUGGAAUACGUAUAUAUUAUUAUUCAAAAUGUACCUUGACUAAUGGUACUUUUUUAAACUCUUGCCACAGAUUUCUUACAUUUGAGACCUUAAGACUGCUUUAUUAUCCUUGAAUGCUAUUGAUUUCAGGCAAAACUAUAGCAAAUGUUAACUUUAACAAUAAAAAUAAAUUACCACA